AUGGAGGUUGAAGUGGCAGACGGACGACUCGUUCCUCGCACCGAGAUGUGUGAAGUUGACGUGCAGCUAUUAACGGCUGCCGGUCCGGUCAAUCUGCGCAGACUACAGUGUGUAGUGAUCGAUGGAGAUGCGGAUGAGUUCUUACUUGGUGAUCGAACUCUGAAGUCGCUUGGGAUCAACGUGGAUCAUCUCCUGGAGCGCCUCGCAGCCAAAGGUGCCCCCGAGGAGGACGAGGAUGGUAUACCGAAGGAUGACAUCGUGGGCGCGACCAACCUGGAUGAAAUCAUGGACCGACUCGACGUAAUGGUGGACGACGCUGUCAAGGCCGGGUUUCCACACGAAUUUAAGGAUGCGCUGCGAGAUGCCACCAACGAAGAAGUUGAUCUAUGGCGGACGAAGCUAGGCGCGGACCCACCCGCCAAGCUCGAGCCACUGCGAGUCGUAUUGGUCGACGGCUCCACACCGUAUCGAACGAAGCCUCGCCAGUACUCUGAGCUGAAAACCAAGUUCCUUCGGGACUAUGGCAGGCAGCUGGAAGAAUUUGAGCUGGUUGUACGUAACAAUCAGAGUAGGUGGGCUUGUGCGGCCAUUCCCGUUCGCAAGAAGGGUCCCGUCGAAGACUUCGGUGCGCCACCGACUACCGCCCGAUCAACAAGCGCACCGUACCUAUCGCAGGUGCAAUGCCAAACCUACUGGUGGUGA